AUGACAACUAAUACCAAAUUAAGCAAUUCAAUCAAAAAAGACAGUUCGUUAUCAAARGAAAACUCCAAAAAUAAUAUAGCAGACAUGUUUGAAUUUUAUGCUCGAAUAGUUAAGUUAGUAAUAAUCAGAAAUGAUGACACAAAUGUUGUAUCGAAAUACUCGACAUGGCUGAACAAAUUGAAGACACAUUCGAACGACACGCUCAAGUACGACUAUGUCAAGUUACUGGUCAUGGGGCUCAACCAUCCWGUGCCAGUGUGCCCCUUCAAUGAUUAUCCGCCAGAUGUCAUCGAACCUCUGGAAGGGGAAUGGAUCGUAAAUGCCAGAAACAUUUUCUAUAACAGCGACCCGUCUUGCCGACCGAUCGUCUUGAAUCCGCCAGUCGUGACUGCUGUAUCGGAUGAUAAGUGUCAGUUCGCCGCGUAUCAGGAAAUACCGAAUGCCGGUCUUCAGUGCUAUUACGCUCAGUCCGAUGAACCGCUGUACGAGUGGUUUUUCAAACACGGAUCGCUAUCAGUUCCACCUAAAAAUGCUAUUCAAGCCAUCCCAUUGGACUGGGAAAGGUCGUUGGCCGGAAUUCAURUAGCACAACCCAAAAUCCUUUCCAAAAAACAGAUAAGAUCGUCAUCAAUUCAAAGACCAUCAACGCUGAGCGUUUUUGGGAGCAAAAUCGAAGAGAAAAGGGACUUUUGCAAAAUACUUGAAACAUACCAAGAAAUGUUUAACAUAACGACGCAAUUYAAAUGGAAUGAAAAAAGUUUAUUAAAGGGUGACACAAUACCUGGUUCUGAUUUGUGUAUUGAUUGGUAA